UGUGAAUUGAGUAUCUUAUUGCUUUGAAGUUGAGGCGUAAUGAUAGUGAAAUGAACUUUGCAUCAGUUCGAUAACAUAAGGGAGGCGAUAAAGUAUGAAAUUAUAAAACCAGCAAUAUCGUAAUCGUGUCAACAUAGAAGAAGCGAUAGAAUUUCUUACAGCAUCUUCAACAGCGAAUGGCGCCCUGUGUCGGCUUUUGAUACGGAGAAAUCCACGUGGGUGUGAAUAUGCUGCCUCCAGAUCAGAUGCGUGGUUACAACGUGAAAGCCACAAGCUCCUCGGAGCCGGUAGUGCGCUCCCUGUUGGAGAGACUGUGCGCUAAGCUCGCCGGGCGCAGUACACCGGGGCAUCUGAAACUGAUUUAUCGGCUGCUGAGCUUAAAGAGCCUCACGGGGCGGGGCACCGAGCGAGAGCUGUGCGACGCAAUCAGCGAGCUCUUGCUGCAAGCCGAUUCUUCGGGAACUGUGCGGUUCCAGGCACUCCGGCGCCGCGGGCUUCUGGGCAGUACCGGGAAGCAAAAUCUAUUGCUGGCAGAAGUGCUGUUGCUGCUGGCUCGGCAGAAACUUGAGCCUCCAGAUCCGGGCUCGCCGAAGCCACUCGCCCAGGAUGUGGCAAGCGGUGGGGUCGUGAGAGCGGCAGCAUUUCCGGAGCCGAUCUCCUUGGUUGCGUCCGCAGCAACAUCCAACCGCACUUCCGCUACGUUGCGCGGUGUCUUGCCGCAAGGAGGUGGACCACUCGGAUACGAGCUGGGUCCGUAUAGCAGCGCUUUCGUGGGGACGCCUCUAGUACCGAAUCCCGUUCUCCGUGAUAUGGUGUACUGCGGGCCUUCGGAGGCCGAGAUCAUCCGAGACUGCCUGUACGCCUUGCAGGGGAUUGAAUCGGCCACGGUGGUGUGGGACGGCGGUGCGCCGGCGGCCUUCCGCCUGAAAGAAACGGUGUCCAUUGCCAAAGGAGCGCAGGGUCUCGUCGCCGAAUUGCUUGCGGUGGGCACCGACUACCGCCGGGUGGACCAGGUGCUGGAGCUCCCGAACGAAAGCGUGAUCUUCCAGGCCUUUCGGCAAUGCGUCCGAAAUCUUUUGCUGGACUACUUCAAAUGGAUCGCGAUCUUUGAGACGCAGAUUGACAGCGGAGACCUCAGUUUGCGACGUCUCGCGAUCUGGUUCCGCCAACCGCGGAAGAAGAUGGCUUUGCUGUCCCGCUUGUGCCGCGUUGCGGCCGCGCACGGUAAGGGCGGGCCGCUGCUCAGUGCGCUGCACAUGUGUCGUAAGACGGGGGACCCGCACACUGCUCCCAUCGUCGAAGCAGUUCUGCAGGCCAGCGCCGCGCCAUUGCACGAGAUGAUCCUUAUCCCGCUGAAAAGCGUCGUGAGAGACCGCGUCGUGGCUUUUCUUCUUGGCCAUGUCUCUUCCCAAUCUAGAGUCAAGUAAAGGAAAUUCUGCAUCAUCAUGGACGAGAGCAGUGUCAAAUCAAGAAAACUUUGCAAUCACAAUCCAGCAUGGGCGGGGAUAAAUUUCUUUACUGUCCUGUGACAAUCCACCGCGAAGCGCAUACAAGUUGAAAAGUUGUUAUUUCGAUGUACGUAUGAUGUGCCACGCGAUCGCCCCUUGCGCUGUUUUUGUUUCUGUUCAUGUGCGGAGCAUGGAUGACCGAGGGGCAGUUGCGGGACCAGCUCGGAGAGUUUUUCGUUUUUGCGGAUGCGACCGCGAAAAUUCAAGACCUGUGGCACAGCAUGUAUUUCCUCAAUCUGGAAAUGAUCCCGUCUUUUGUGGAUCUCGAAGAAGCGAAAAUGAUUCUUCGCGCAGGUAGAUUCAUUCUUUGUAUCUAUUAAUAUCCACCUUGACAUACAACGCAGUCCACUGCUUUGAUUUUUAAGAAGUAGUGCCGCGUUGUAACCUAGCUGCUCCAGCAACCCCUCUAUCUAAAGUUGAAAAGAUACUUAAGUUCAUCAGACGUGGUGGUUCCUUGCUAGUAGGGUUAUCAUGAUCAUUAUUCUGCGCACUACUUCAGGUAAAUCCGUGAACUUUAUGCGGCUGUGUUGCGAGGAAUCUGAUUGGGUGGGACUGCUUGCGGGCGCUCCCGUCGUAACGGACAGCGACUUCGUUCGGCAGCAGUCGUUGCACACAAACAAACGGCUGGUAGAGCUGUUGCUCGACAAGUACAACCUGCUGAGUCACUGCGUGGCCAUGAAGCGCUACCUGUUGCUCGCCCAGGGGGAUUUCAUCGAGUGUCUGCUGGAGCUGGCGGACGGGGUGCUCCGAAAGGACGCCAAGAAGGACGUCUUUCGCCACAACGUGCGCGCUAUCGUGGAUCAGGCCAUACGGCAGAGCAAUGCACAGUUUCACGACCCCGAAUUUCUGGACCGGCUCGACGUCUCGCUCACGCCGGCAAACGGCGGCGAGAUCGGGUGGGACAUCUUCUCCCUCGACUACGCCAUAACCAGUCCGCUGCACGUUGUCUUCUCGCGGGAUACCGUCAUGCUCACACUCCGCAAGGUCUCCACCUUUCUCUGGAAGCUGCGCCGGGCGAACUUCUCGCUGAAAGAAUCUUGGAGACGCCAGAUACUAAUUCGGUACUGGAGCAGUAUGAUAAAAAUCAUAUAUCAAAGCAGUAUCGCUACGGAACUACAGUAGUUCAACACAGGUUUCUGGAUAUAGUCGUAAGUGGAUGCGCUGUGCUCGUUCUGUAGAAAUUAACACUAGCAACGUGCGCUACUUUUACCACCUAGAGAGAGACAAACGAAAAACCUUCGCUCAGGCACAAAUGCGACGAGGACGCGCUUGCGAGGCAGAUGGACUCCAUCCGGAUGGUGCUCAGUCACGUAAUGGAAAAUGUGCAGAGCUACGUGAUGUACGAGGUACUGGAGACCGCCCAUGCCCGGUUGGAGCAGGGCUUUCAAAACGCCCGUGAUUUAGACGAAGUUCUGCGCGAACACGGAAAAUACCUGCACCACUUGCAAGAGUUCACUUUUCUGGUCGACUCCGCAGCCCCGAUCUUGGACUGCCUCACGAAGUUCCUCCUCUUGGUGUCUACUUUUGAGCGCCUGCAGGAAGACGUGGCGCGAUAUUUUUUUGACGAAAGUGCCGAGGAAAUGCUGUGGCGGGAUAUGGAGGCGCUAGAUGAAGAGGUUUCGGAAACGAUGCAGCAUCUCCUUGAUCUUCUGCAACAACCCAAGAACUCUUGUGCGGAGUAUACCUACCUGGUCUGCAGGCUGAAUUUCAAUAACCAAUUCAGAUAGCGCUAAUCAAAUGAUAUUCAUCCGCACGAAGUAGCUAGUAGAGAGGUGGCGGCCGCGCUCGAAAGCAAAAGUCGCACUUCUUGCAACGAUGUGAUUCUAAAUGUAUGUAGUGCCUGGCGUUUCGGUUUCGGUAUCGGUCGGCCCAGAUGGUGGUGAAGGGGUCUCUUUCAUCAGGAGCGCCGAUUUUUUCGAUUUCAUUGCCAUUUGUCAAAUGCAACUGCGUGUUGUCAACUCGCGCACUGAUCAAAUAAGUACUGUGGUCUCACCGUCCUGCUUUCGUCGUCUUUGCAGCUCUGCGAGUCACAAGGGAAGAUGAUCAGAAAUUCUUAAUGCCCAAAACGACGACUCUUCGCUGGAAGUGGAGAGAUUUCUGAGAAAACUCAUGAUCUUUUUUGAAGAAGCGGAAAAUUUUUAGAUCAAGAAUGAAAAAAAAAUUCUGCGAUCCAGUGAAAGUUCGCAAAUCAUUGUUGCCAUUCAUUCGAAUAUGAGGCUUUAAAAGUUUCGAAGUCGCUCAAGGCAGUGAUACCAAGGUCUCCUGUUUUUUCCCCAGGCAAUCUAAUGCCGAGAACGGUACUUAGCUUGCGCAUUUUUUCAGUAAUGCAAUCUUUGUUUUGAUCCCUACGUCUCAAUCUCUCUGUGUUCUACUUUUCAU